AUGGACAAAUUUCCGGAACGCACAUUAAAAAGUCUAACAGCAAUUUCACAACAUAACAUGGCUGAAUCUAAUAAAGCCCGUGCUGACGGUGAUCCUAAUUGGUGGCAAAUUCAUGAAGCAUGUUUAAAAGCAAUCGGGUUUGUUUCUAAUGAACUAAUAUCCGCAUUAAAUGAUAAAAAUUUAAAUAUUGGAAUAAAUCUUGGCAUAUUAUUUGAACAAAUAAUACAUCAAAUUUUAAAUGAGCCAGGAUUUCCAUUUCUUAGAGGACGUGCAUUUGUUUUCGCAAGCCAAUUUGCAUCAGUUUUACCUGGAGAGUUAACAUCAGGUUUUAUUAAAGCUGCUAUUGAAGCGAUUAAAGAUCCUGACGGUACUAUUCCUGUAAAAGUAUCCGCUUUACGUGCAUUAAAAAGUUUUUGUCGAAAUUUAAAUGAACAAUAUGUUCUACCAUUUCAAGGAACCAUUAUUGAAUGUGUAGCAAAUCUUAUUAAUGUGACAACAGAAGAUUUCCUAUUAUUAGUAUUGGAAACACUUGAAAGAGCUAUUAAAAUAAAUAGGGAUGUAAUAUUUCAAUAUGAGGGUUUGAUAGGACCAAUGGUGGUUGACGUUUGGCAAAAAUUUCCUUCAGAACAUCUUGUUAUGUCGGCGGUAAAUUCGAUUUCUGAAACUUUAUCAAUUAAUUCAACAUUUAUAGAAAGAGCUUUACCUGCCUUGGCCAAUAUAAUAAUGAAUCCUACAAUUGAUUCAUCACAUACUGAAGAAAUAUAUAAUCAGCGAACUGGAGAUUAUGAAUUACCAAUAGGAAAAGCGGAAAUUCUCAAAAAAGGAAAAGAUGUUACAGUGGUUGGUUAUGGAUCACAAAUUUAUAUUCUUGAGAAUGCAAUAGAACGAAUAGAGAAAGAGAUUCCUGGUCUAUCAUGCGAGUUGAUAGAUCUGAGAUCAAUCUUGCCUUGGGAUAGUGAGACUGUUGAAAACUCGGUAAAUAAAACUGGUAGAUUAGUAAUUGCUCACGAGGCACCUCAAACAUCUGGUUUUGCUGCUGAAGUUAUUGCCACUAUUAUGGAAAGAUGUUUCUUAAGACUUGAGGCACCUAUUCAACGAGUCUGUGGUUGGGACAUACCUUUCCCGCUUGUCUAUGAAAAAUUUUAUUUGCCAGAUGCUACAAGAUGUUAUGAUUCCAUUAAGGAAGUAUUUAAUUAUUAG